AUGGGCAUUGCCAAGCGCAUCUUCAGCGACCUCCUCACCAAGCAUCGUUACAACGAUGAAGGCUCCUCAACUUACUCAGCAGACUCCGAGUCUGAGGACUUGGAGAGAGAUGAAGUGAAGUCCUGCCAGUCUGGGGAUGAUGUUCUUGUUGGUCAGACUGAUAUCCGGAGCUACCUCUUGGCACCCUGGCGGUGGAAGCCCACUGAAUCCUUUGCUGAAGACGAGGAAGCUGCAAGGGCCAUGCAGCUUCCAUUCCAUAUGCAGGAUGACGAUGUGACCGACCUCCAAGCACAUGCCAAUGCAGAUGCCGAUGCCCUUGAAGCCGAUGAGGACGCGGCUCAAAGUAUGGGCAUGCCUUUCCACAUGGAAGAUGAUGACUAUGUCUACACUUCUGAAGAUCCUCUGAUAGGGCUUGGGCCAGAUCUUGCAGCCGAUGGAGAUAAUGAGUCCUUUGAAGCCGAUGAGGAUGCGGCCAGAUCCAUGGGCCUUCCGCUCCACGUGACUCAUAUGACUCAUAUGACGCACGAAGAUGAGGAUGUUCAAAAUGAUGACCAUGAGGUUGAUGCAGACCAGAACUUCGUAACUCCGAUCCGCCGGAAGCGCCAGUGCCAGUUGGCUGAGACACCAGAGAAGAAGCCUCGUUUGGCUUUUCGGGCUCAGGUUGUGCAACCUUCACAGAAGAAGGCUCCGAUCGACCAAAGUGAGAAGCUUGGGAUGGCCACGAACAUGGGAGAGCUCUUGCCGAGCGUGAUGUGCUGA